AUGGUCACAGAUAAUUCAGACCUAUUGCCAGUCCCCAACCCGGUUUUACUCAAGAUCCACACCUGCUUUGCAAAGGCGACCGAGGCAAACGAUAUUGACCGGGAAGUGGCCAAGCCUUGGCCGCCAGCCCUUUCGCAUUUAUAUUGGAAUCGCAGAUGGCAGCUUCGAUUUCGACAAGCCUGGCAUUUUGUCCCUGCCUUCAUUCGUCGCUGGGGUUACAGACAGCUCAUCUACCGCGGGCAGCAGAGCACCAUUUCCGAAAUAGUAUACAGCCUUCCGCUGGGCCUGUACGCUAAAUUUUGCGGCGAUGCUGACGGUGAGCCGGCCGCGCUCAAACUUUUGGAGACAUAUUCUCCGUCGGUUCCAUCGCCACUCUUCGUGGACCUUAUGCCUCUUGUUGCCAACGGCAAGCCAUGGCUCAUCAUGACCGGCUUACCAGGCCAGCGCGUCGACGAGGUCAUUCACAGAAUGUCAUACCCAGAGCGACACCAGCUCGCCGACGAUCUCGGUGCUGCGAUGAGUGCCUACCGAAAAAUACCUAACAAAUCCAAGUUUCUCGUUGCAAGCGCGUCGGGCGGUCGUCUCCAGGACCCACGCGCUUCCUCCAACGGCUGUGGGCCUUAUCAGUCCGAGGCGCAGUUCAACAAGCAGAUCGCACGUGGAUGCAUAGAGAAUCUGGCGCAUGAAUUCCCUCAAGCACAUUCUCAGGAGCACCUCAUCGCUUUCACACAUGCGGAUCUUUUCCCGUCAAAUAUUCUCGUGGAUGCUGGGAGACUUUCAGGAAUCGUCGACUGGCAAUUUGCCGGAUUCUACCCAGCCUACUGGGAGUACACUAAAGCAAUGCGCUCAGUGAGACACGCUGAACACUACCAAGCUAUUUUUCGGCGUAUCUUUGGGACCGAAUUCGAGGAAGAACUGGAGGUUGAAGAGUAUCUGUCCGGCUACUUUCCAAUAUGGGGACCAAAGGAGCCAGUGCCUGAGGAAGGCGGCCCGUUGUGA